AGAGAAGGACAGAAUUAUUGCGCCGACAGAGACAUGAAAUGUCAGCGAGAAACCAAGUAGCAGUGAAUGCGCGCGCUGCCAUAAAUCGCCAUCUUGUGCACCACAUGACCUCGUUGCUGUGUCCCGUGACCAGCUCACGUGAAUUUUGACAAAUUCAAACGUUUUUUGAUAUCAAAAAAUGGAUAUUUUGGAGCAACACCUUGACCAACAGGAUGUCAGUCACCUCAAGGUCACCAUGCUAUUGCCUACAGUGCGCAUUUAAUUCCAAACAGACUGAAGUUUUCCUUGUUUUUAUAAUGAGAUUACGACGGCAUUGAUGACAAUCAAUAACACAAACGUUUGUUGCGGUGGAGUAGUAACAAAGGCUGAGGAUAGCGCGGGUAUAGUCAUCGAGGAAGCUGAAAUUGUUGACUGCGAUGGAGUUGAAAAAAAGAUUCAUAAUGUCAGUGACAUAUGUUUCAUCGCUGAUGAAGCAUUGGAUCCCCUUGCAGGUGAUACUGUAGACACUGAAGAUGGAAUACGUUAUCAGGAGGCACUGGCUUAUCGAGUUGUGCAGGUCAAUGGCAAUUCCGUUGCCAACGAAAUCGAGCUGCCAGUUGCUCAGCAAGGAAAUGGAGCUGUACAAGUGUUAACAUCGCCGAUUAAUGGACAGUUUUACGUGAUCGGGAAUGCCAAUGACGUUUUUUCAACAGCACAAGGUACGAGAUCACUUACCCCGAGGAAUAUGCAAAUUGACACCCCGAGAACUGCUACACCAGGCUUGAAGAAGAGAGAUGAUCGAAGAAGAGCAACUCACAACGAGGUUGAACGUCGUCGUCGAGAUAAAAUCAAUAAUUGGAUAGCUAAAUUGGGAAAAAUUAUUCCAGAAUGUAACACGCAUACCAAUGGAAAUGGUAAUGGAAAUAGCAGUGGAGAGGGAAAGGUGAAUUAUGAAACCCAGAGCAAAGGAGGAAUCCUAGCGAAAGCCUGUGAGUACAUAACCGAACUCCGGAACGCCAAUCAAGGAUUAUCCCAAUGUCUAAAGGAGAACGAGAAGCUUCGUCAGGAAGUGACCGCCCUAAAACAAGUAUUGACCCAACUAAAACGUGAAAAUGCACAACUGAGAUCUGGUGGGUUGACAAACACUCAGUUGGACCCUUAAUCCGUCUCUCAAUACUCUCAAGCCACUGUAAAUACCGUCAACCAUUUAGAGACACUAUCUCUACUAGGAAAAGAAAAAAGGAAGAAUGGCAACCAAAAUGUGAGAAAAAUUUUUUCGACUCGAAUUUUUUUUGAUUGGUUCAAAAGAUCCACGUGGACACGGCAUCCUGUCCCUUCGAUCAGACACUAGAGUACAUCGGUUUAGGCAAAAGGCUGUGAAUGACGAAUGCCAAUUGAUUGUAGCUCCCUCGAAGUGGACGGGUUUUUUUUGCUUCUUAAAGAAAUUAUUUUCGUUUUGCUUCAUCAUCUCAAAGAUCGAAAGAAAUCAGUUUAAAAAUUCUAAUCGGAGAAUUUAUAGUUCUGUUUAAAUGGUUAGUCCUCUGGUUGCGUGCGCCAGUUGGUAAAUAAAGUUGAAAAAACCAUCGAUCGAUUAAUUGUGAAUGAACAUUGUAAUAUAUCGUUAAUGUAUAUACCGGGGUUAUUGUUAUAUUAUUAUUAAAACAAAAUUUAAAAAGUAAGAGAAUCUACGGUUGAUUUUUCUUCGCCUAAUUUCUUGCAUUAGAAUUAAAUAAUGAGAAUUGUUGAUGCAAAUUAAUUUUGUAAAAUAAAAAACCAAAGCCACUGGAAUUUUGUGCACA